GAUGGACGUGUACUGGCCAUAGGUCUUGAAGACCUGCCAGAGGGCGCUGCUCAACCCAUAGCGGAUGAGCCUUCAGGCAGCACCGACCAGGCCUCCUCGGGGCCUUUAUGCUCUAACGUUGGCCCCACGCCCGACGCCUUUGAGAUGCAUGUUGGGUUUUUGGUCCUUACACCCAGAUUUGCACCAGAGACAUAUGAGAUCAGCCUGGACAUUCCCUGCACAGUGCAGAAAGCUUGCGAUUUGCUGCAAGCUAUGCGGCAAAGUCGACUUGCACUUGGCUACGAACACCUCGUUGCUGUCCGGCCACAACCCACCGCCUCUUUUUGCACAUUCCUCGCACUGCCGCUCUGGGCCUCUGCCAGGGUAUGUAUUGUGCUGGACGCCCGUGGGAUAGACGGCGAUGUUGUCUUUGUGCUCCGGGGAGAUGGCACCUUCCCGGUAGCUGCUACACUGCCAGAGAUGCUGCGCCGUACCACUGGGUGGACGCUACCUGUACCAGAUUUUGCUGGGGCACUUGUUAACCCCGCAUAUCUCCUUACAGAUGCGUGGAACACUAUUGUUGAUAUGCCUUCGGCGGCUGCCAACUCACUCCAGGCUGCCCAUUGCUUCAUCGCCGCGUUUCUGCAAAGUGAGGUUCACCGGCUGCAUUUACAGCCUGCCAGACCUCCUAUACCCAACUACAGCUUCCAAGGAAUCUCCUGCCACAAGGUCCUACUCAUCACUGAGCGGAUCAACACCAUUCCAGUUCCUCCGGGAAGGCUUGUACCCACAGCGGUGCCAUACAUUUUGGAUUUACGUGGCCUCCUUAGGGACUUUGUUUGGCGAAUUUCUGACUCGGGCAGAAUAGACCUAAGGAUCCUUAUGGGAGAAUACGAACCGGCACCCUCCGGCUUUUUCAUAUCGAUUGAGGGAGGACAGCCGAUACAAGAAGGAGAGCACACAUUCCUCCACGUUGAGGCUGGUCAGGUUCUAGUCAUUCAAUAUUUAGAGGACCACCUUGGCGAACCCGAGGACGGCCCACCCUCUGGCCAUCCUCCAAGGCCAGAUACUUCUGAUGAGACAGACUCCAGCAACUCUGACACAUCGAAUGCCCCUCCUGACCCGCCAACACCUCCUCCAACGAUCGGGUCUCGCAAUCGCAAGCGCAGACUCGGCUCGGACCCCCACGCCAGGUCCAUCAGUGGUCACGGGCUUUGCACCUUCUUUGCCAUUGGAGGCAUUGCCAGCAGUCUGCCUCAUUGCACGGAAGGACAUGUCCACCGCCCCCUCGGGGACCGCGGGCCUCAGGAUCUCUUCCUUAGUUGGUUCGAGAUGCUGUUCGUUGCGUACUGUGCUGCACAUUUGUGCCGGCGAGUCCUUGUCACAACCUUCUCGAAGCCCCAAGCGAGUGCCCCCCUCCCGCGUACAGCCAAGUUCCUCAGUGAACCUGUCGCCACGACAGAGGGCCAGCGACAAUGUCUUGCAGCACUCCGGUACCUUGCUCCAAGGCUAGGUCACCCAUGGCGGUACGUCCCAGCUUGGGAUGCCCUAUACAUCCGAGGAGACAGCGACUCUGAGGCCUGGAGCGAGGUAGAGGACGAUCUCCAAGAGGUAAUUUUUGUAGUCCUGACCCCUGGCUACACUAAUGAAGAGGUCCAUACCCUGAUACAGUUUCCUGCCACCCUCACAGAGAUUGUUGAAUCAGUUCAACAACAACGUGUCGUCACCAGAAGGCACUGGUCGACACUGCUGACGCCUGCAGACCCUCAACCCUGCUUGGGCACAGGUGUCCUUAUCUCACUUGCUCCAUGGCAGCGACAUGACUGCAUUAUUUGCGUCAACUGUGCACACUUCGACGGGAGACUUUAUGCUGCCCCUGCCCCGCCCUAUGCCACCAGGGAUCGGCUUCUGUCCAUUGCCAACAUUUCUCAUAACUUAGGCAUUGACGUUUUCGUAGGAGAUGAUAGACAACCACUACCAGAGGAUGCGGUCAUACACCUCUGGUCUGGAUUGACAGUUACGUUUGCCCCGCCCGGGGUUGUGCUGCCUCUGCCGCGCUUUCUGACUCAGUCUCUUGGAUCCCGGCAUGCAUGGAGCGCGAUUUCUACUGUACCCUCCCCCCCAGAAGAUCUCGUCUAUUGUCUUGUGCACAGGGGUGAGUGCAUUCUGCAUCAUCCUGAUGCCCGCCAUCCCACGCAAUACAGAGCACACAUUGCGGCCGCCGUAGGAGUCCGCACAGCGGAGAUCCGCCUCUUUCCAGCAAGGCCUGCUGCGCGGGAUGCCACACUGGAUGGUUUGCCUUGCCGUGCCGUCUUGGCCGUAUGCGAAGCCAAUCAUUUCGUACCGGAGCCAUGGACCGGUGUCCUACUUGAUCUUCGUGCACUUGCUGCAGGAUGGCACACGGCAUAUGCCUUCAAUAAUCGACUCUCCUGCACCACUUUGAAGGAGGAUCUCCUUGAGGAGGUCCCCAUCGGGUGGAAAUUGUGCCUCUGGCAACAGGACGAUAAUGUCGACAUAAUUGAGGUUUAUUCGGGGCAGGUGAUAGUUGCGUACCUCGUCCCCACAGAUACUCACGGAGACCCGGCACCCGCUCUGAUCAUGCAUGCGGUGCCACUUGAGGACGAUGCAGCACCUACUGGGUCUGUUGAUGCGCCAGCCUCCAGUGGAGGUCCUCCGGCGCCGCAGCCUGCGUCAGCUGCCGGGCCAGUGACUACCGGCUCCACCGCAACCGGUCAGCCCAGUAGCCCAGCUCCUGCCUCAGAGAUCAGCAAUGCCGACCCACCACGCACCGAGCAGGCCACGACAUACUUCGAAGGAUGUUUUGUCAUCCUCGGCCAGGAUUAUGCACCUGAGUUAGUCCGUGCACGCCUCCCUGUAGGCAUAGAACCGGCAGAGGCUCUCACUGCCAUCAAUGCUGCCAGAGACCCUUUCCCGCGGCUUUGCCUUCCAAUCGUGCAUACUGCUCAUCCCCAACCUCUGGCCGGGGUUGCUGUUCUCCUGGCUCUUCCCAUCUGGGUCCCUGAUGGUGCUGUUGUUAUCUUUGACCUCAGCCAGGUCAACGGAGCCAUGUAUGCCAUCCAACUCCCUCGAGUCGUGAGGCGGGAGGGCCUCCUCCAGGCCGCCGGGCUCACUGGAGACCCACCUAUUGAAAUCUUCCUUCGCGACCUUCCCUGGCCGUUACCGCCCAGAGCGGACUAUGAUCUGCUUCAUGGUGACGUCGUCAUAUUCCUCCCCGUAACCCAGGGAGUCGACCGCCCCUUAACAACCGGCCCUCCUCGCCAUGAGGAUGAUCGCGACACAGAUGGCCUCACAGUUGAGCCCACCUUGCUUGAGCAGGCCCUGCUCGACUCCAAUUACUACCCAUUCUUUCUUGCAGCGACGCUACUUGAGACGCUAAUCGAGCACGCAUCCGACCAGCAACCUAUCGAGGUUCAGCCUUUUCGCCACUCUCGGGCCACUCCAGCCGUUGGCUGCACAGGACAAGGAGCUCAGGUUCUGCGUCUUUCCGACCACCUCCCAUCAGGCCGCGCCUUUGAUCUUACCGAAGUACAGAUGCUGCUGGAUUGCUCCCUUGAUGACGUUGCUCCGCUGCUCCAUGUCGGACACUGGACCCUUGCAACAUUACCAGUCCUUGAUGUUUCCAGUGAUGUCCUACACUGGCUAGAGGGUUGGGACACUAGGUGUGAAGCGCUCUCAUACAGUGACAUCCAGCAGGUCGACAUUUAUACAGAUGGCUCAUAUGAUGGUCGCCACUCGGCCUGGGCGUUCCAUGUAUGUGUCUACACGUGCGGACACAGAUUUCACCUUGGAUGGCAAGGUGGUCGCCUUACCACGGACCCCUCCCAUCCAGGGUACCUCGGGGAGUAUGCCGAGGGGGCUUUCUCCGCCGAGAUUGUAGCACUGUUUUGGGCCACAUGCUGGUGUCUUCAGCUACCAGCCUGUGCAGCCGUCGACGUCUAUUCUGAUUGCACUUCUGCCAUUUCCAUCGUCUCGGGAACCGGGGGUGCCUUUGAUGAUACCUCACUUUCUGGCAAGUGUCGUGCCGCCGCGCAGCUUUUGCGCUCCACGUGUGACCGUCACUUCCAGAUACACCACUCCCGUUCCCACGUAGGGAACCCAGGCAAUGAGGUUGCUGACUGCCUCGCCAAGCAGGCCUGCGCUGGUUUUGGAGUGACGGCAGAUGACGUCCUUUCUAACCUUUCCUGCCUGGCUCGGCGUAAGUCCUUCCCCUGGCUCUGGCUGGUUGCGGAGGUCAACCCCCGCCUUGAUUGGGGACAAAGCCGCACUGAUCACAUUGCCCUUCAGCUAUGGGCACAAGGAUCCUUCACUGUUGGUCCUACCACCAGAUCCAAACAUUUCCGGCUAGACACUGCAGCCAUGCGGACCCCUGAAGGCCGCGCUACCCUCAGCCAGAUAUGUGAGGGUGUUCCCCUGCAGCCGUGGGCGAUGGACGUCCACCGCCAUGCCCAAGCAUUGGACCAAUACUUCCGCCACAGCCUUGCAUCCGCCUUCCCCGUCCACCGCACACCUUGCCGGCAUGAGUAUUUCAGCGCCUCCACUUGGCAGCUGCGCGGCAAACGUGAGUGGCUGCGGAAGCGUGUUAAGGCGGCAUCCCGCAUGCUCUACCAAUGGCGAUUGCGGUCGGCCACUAGAGCCUGGCGCGAUGGAAGAUGCAUCUUUGAUUCCCUGCUUGCUGGCUGGUCCUCUGUCCUGUGGGCUCUCAAGGACCUCCCUAGCUUUCUGGCCGAACUCCGGCAAUCGAGUCAGCAACUCCGAGUUGCCAUCAGACAGGACCAUCACCAGCAUAUUUGCACCGUCGCCAAGGCUUCAGAGGAAUCUUCCACCCAAUCCAUUGUGAACAGGCUACGCACCCUCACCGGCGGCCCCAAGCGGAAGCAGCGUGAGAGGACGCCCCUUCCUGCUGUUGAACGCCAGGAUGGGACCCUUGCUGCCACUGAUGAGGAGGCCCGGCAGUGUUGGCUAGACCAUUUCGCAUCAAUCGAGGCUGGCUCCCAAAGCUCGCCAUGUGAGAUUGUCAGGGAGUGUUUGCACCGCCAGGCCGGCAAAAGUCUUGAUGACUACACCGUCACACACCUUGACGCCCCCACUUUGGGCGACCUCGAAUGGGCUUUGCGCUCUACCGCCACCGAUCGCGCAUACGGACUAGACGGGCUUCCAGGAGAACUCCUGCACUACUGCGCACCCCUCCUCGCCCGGCCCGUUUUUCAGCUACAGCUGAAAUCCCUGCUCACAUUGGCGGAGCCUGUCCAGCACAAGGGUGGAGUUCUCCACUGCGUUUACAAACGCAAAGGUCCGCUUACCGAGGACGCACUCGCAAGGGCCUGCCAGGCGGUCAGCCUGCCACCCGGCGUUUACCACGACAUUCAGCGCCAUCUCCAGAAGCCGGCGCUGUCUUUGUCGGCUGGGGCCAGCCAAUGGACAACACAGGCCCUAGAGGAGACUCUUCAUGGGACUUGGUUCAAGUUUCCGAGCGAUGCCGCCAUUGUUUCAACAGCCAUAGGCUCGAGACCGGGAGACUCCCUGUCAGACCUUGUCUUCAGCCUGCUCUUUGCCCAGGUUUUACGACACGUGCGUGCAUCGCUACAGGACUGUGGCCUCAUCCCCGAGAUUCCGUGGCAUGUUGACAUGCUUGGCAGGCUCACACCGUUGAAUCGAGCACCCACAGACACCAUUGCUGUGCUUGAUGCAACCUGGAUGGACGAUCUAUCCCUGCUUCUCCAGGCACCGGACUCGCAAACAUUGGUGCAGCGCCUCCGUCUGGGUGCCUCUACCCUGCUAGACACUUGCUUGGAGCACGCUCUGCUACCGAAUCUUAAACGCGGCAAAACCGAAGCACUUGUCCAUCUCCGUGCCAAAGGAGCGCGCCAUGUCAAACGCCAGCUCUUUGAUGAGUUUGCUGGCACACUCCCCUUGAAUUGCCGGCUUUGGCCUGAGGCCAAACUGCGUUUGACGGCGACCUACAAACAUCUAGGCGGCGUGUUACACCACCGCGGAAGUCUACUGCGGGAAGUGAAGGCGCGCAUCGCACAAGCCUGGACGGCCUUCAAUAGCCGUAAGAAACAAAUCUUCGGCUCCCCUCGCGUUGACCGGCGAGAGAAAGCCCUCCUGUUUGACAGUCUGGUCGCAACCACCAUGUUCUACGGCUCAGGAACCUGGCCGGAACCCUCGGAGGAGUGUGUGCAGAAGCUGACAGAGCAUGGCUUGCCAAAUGCUUCGGCCGAUGUACUCUUGCACAGAGGCCUGGCACCUCGGCUCAGAUACCUGCUGUCGUGCAUUACCCUCCACGUGCCAGAGCUCUGGGCCCUGGCCCAGAGUGUGUCAGAGUCCGUGCAAUGGUUAUGGGACAAUACGGCUCCGGAACAUCGGCACUCCACCUGGGAACAGGCAUGGGAUAGCUGGCGUCAAGAGGACUAUAGGGCGUGGUCAGUGCAUGCUUUCUCCACCCACGGCCGCACGGACGAGAUGCGGGCCCAUGAUGAUGGGGUGGAUUUGACGCCCGUCCUCCAGGCAUCUGGACCACUGCCUUGCCCCCUCCAGGUUGUAGUUGAGGAGGAAGCCGCCAGGCCAUCGGCGGAAAUCCUCGAUUGCCUUGCCCUCCUCGACCAUGAUGGAUUGGUCCCCAGCCUAACGGAAGACGAGGUGUGGGACCGACUCCGAGCCGCCUUCUCCUGUGUGUGUCUACAGGCCUCACGGCUGCGCAUUACGGCCACCGUUUGGCAGCAGUUGCUUGAUCAUCCAGCGCAGCGGACCGCCAUGCAGACCCUUGCCAUCCUUCGUGAGGCCGCACGCAAGCUUUGUUCCGUUGAUCUCGUCACCUGGUUGGUUCCUGCCCCUUCUGCCGACCGGCCCAACACCGACACGUACAAACACAGUGGCCUUUACCUCGAUCUUUUGGAUUUUACCCGUCUCCGAUGGGCUCCACCCGCUCAGGUCAGCACUGAGACCAUUUGGGUUCGUGUUGGACCCCUUCCUGCUGACUUUAGCAUGCCAGUACCUGCCGCCCGCUGUCUGUGUUAUGAACACCAUGACACGUUGCAGGAGCUCAGGGACGGCCAAGUCGUUGACUUCUUGGCAUACCCGGACCCGACAUGCUUCUAUUGUCUGUCGGUCCUGGGCUUGCCGCUGACGGAGCCCGACAACUCCAACCGGGCUGCCCCAUCCCUCACCUCCCAGCUACCUGGCUUUGAGCUCGCUUGUGAGCUCAUCCGAACUGCUGUGAGCCAUUGGAUUUGCGGCAUUCCCUCCCGGCUCGUUGUCCCGUCUCCGCUACCAAUGUCUGCCUUCCCUCUGCAGCGUUUCCCUGGUCUUGUCAGAUGCGAGUCACCGGGAUUCCUGAUGGUGGGCAACUGGCGCCGUCGGCGCAGCAGGACAGUUGUGCGAACGGUUUUGAGAAACUACACCUCGGGCAUUGCUACGCCGCAGCGAGCGGUCUACACUGCCAUACAGACACUGGAGCAUCACCAUUCAGCUUCUCAGCUGCCAGUCCUUGCGAAAGAAAGGAUGAAGCAGGCCCAGAGCUGGUGGUGUUAUUCCUGCAGGAAAAAUGUGAAAGCCAGCGCGACCUUUUGCCCGGGCUGUGGGCAAAAGUGGACUACGGCCGCCUACGCGCAACCAGAGCGACCAGGUCCUGGAAGGCAGGACUGGGGCGAUGGAUGGCAAGUCCCGGCGUCACCGCGAAAACGCCGCGAGGAGCGCCGAAAGCUGGAUGCUCUUCCCCGCGCACCACAGGCAACUGCAGUGAGCCUGCCCGGUUCCAGUUCAGAAGUGGAAAGAGCGCCGGCCCUGAGCGAUCUGGUUGCAGCACUGUCGGCAGUGAAAGAGGACCUGCCGACCAGCGUGCAAUCGGUCUUGCAGCAGCAUCUGGAGGAAGACGUUCGCCUCACCUCCAAGGGAUUACACAGGCUUGUGACACAACAGACGCAGGCCAAGAAGGAGCUCCAGGCUGUGAGACAUGCUCGAGAAGUAUUCCUCACGGAGUGGACUACGUACCUUGGGACUCUGACGGACUUGCUCGAAAAGCAGACCAAGGCCAAAGCGGUUGUCAAUGUGGAGGAAGAGGAGUUCGAGGACAUGGAGGAUAUCGUGAACUCGGACGCAGCUCGAGAGGCGGCGAAAUCUGUUGCGGCGCAAAAAGCGCUCCAAGGCGAAGACCAGCUUGUGCAGGCCCUGCGGACAGCCAAAUCAGCAGCAGAUCAGGAGCUCACCGGCCUGAGAGAAAGGACCCCGCGCCGCAAAGGACGAGGCCCGGAGAGCGAACAGCAGAUGGGAGACAAGGAUGGCCCGGUGCCGAGCCGAAAGGGACCCACCGGGCGAUGCCCGCCUCUCUUCCACAGCGUGCGAGGGGCGGAGGACUACGUGCCGCCUAUGAUGGCGGAGGUCUACGCGAGAUGUCUCCAGUCUGAGGUUCGACUGGAUGAGUGCGACUACAAUUUUGAGACGGAGGUUUUUGCCCAGCCAGAUCCUCGUCUUGCUUGGGAGCAGGACGAUAUGCUGUGUUGGGAAACACUGGCUGCACCAAAUGAUGAAUGCUGCCUGCAACACUAUGAAAGGGGUAGCCCUGGAAUUGAGGAGGUCGUUUCGACCUUCCGUCGUCUCGGUGUUGGCCUCCGCCACCCGAUGGACGACGAUGUGGUGGAGACACCUCGCUCUCAGGCAGCGCUAUCCCUUGCAACGAACUUGGCGCAGUCGAUAGGUCAAUCUUCCUGCAAGCCGACGUCCUGCUUGCAUGUACAGGCUCACUUGCUCCACAUGACUGUACAGUUCCCUGUCACGGUCAGCGGAAUCCUGCGCAACUCUUGGGCACGAGCGGUCAACCAAUGCCGCCAUGCUCCAGCUUCGAGAUCGACCUUUACCACUACACACACCAUGGAAGUUCCAUGCUCAAGACCUUGCUGCACCGAUGGCGGUUCCCUGUCGACCCGCGGUGCAGACCUCACCGCUGCCAGCGGACCAUGCAGCUGCAAGGUCGGUUCCUGUCGAGCCUUGGCUGCCAACAUCUGCCCCAGCCUUCCUCCGACUGCGGGCACGGAGGUUGACUACACUUCGUUGCCCUGCGCUCACAACAUGCCCAGAACGCGCAUUCUGGACGACUGGCAAUCCUGCCAACUCCAUACCCUAUCGCAGCAUGUGCGGGGUGUUCCCAGCACUGCGUGUGACCUCGUUCAUUUUCCGUCUUUUCCCUCGGCUUUGCGAUCCACAAGCCCCAUCCACUUGCAUUUUGGCACUCCGAAGCCCGACGCCGGUGUGGAAAUCUUCCUAUGGCCGCACAAACCGGCCCCAGCGAAUGCAGUUUUGCCCCAAGCCGAAAAUCUAUUGUCUAAGCCCCCGGGCCUGCAGAUACCCGCCGGUCAGCCAACACGAAAGGCUCCGCUACCACCACCACUGAUUAGCGAUUUGAGAGCCAUGCUCACUGCGCAGCUCCCCAUCACGCCGCAAUGGUUGACCGGACCGCUCCUCAAUUGGUCACCCUUCGAGAUCAGGGGGCUCUUUGCUCGAGCUGAUAAUACAGAAGAUCAGCGACUUUUCACCAUUCUAGAGUCACCUCGUCCGCGGAUCCCGCCAAGACUGGUCGUUCUCACAGCCAGAAACGCGGCACAGGCCCGAGGUGAACUCACCUUUUUCAAUGAAUGCGGGCAGAUCCCCACGGGCGUUGACCAGGGCCCUGAUGGGCCCGAAUGGCUAGCCUUAAGGCCAACCUCUACAGACGGCCCCCGCAUCGAGGCAGAAUACGAAGGCGGCCCAGCAAUCGUCUUCCGUGUACCGAGGCCGCCACCUCUCUUGCAGGCUGCCGAGACGACCUCUACAACCACUCACACUUUUGUUCAGGGACAAGCCCGAUCCAGCGGAGAAGCCAUGCCAAUCGGGACCCGAGCAGAGCCACCAGCGCUCCUUUUAAGCGCUAUGCCUACAUCGCCCUCCAAGGGGUGGGGUCAUGGACCACAGGAUGCCACGCUCCUACCCGAGUACUUGGACUCGGCACACUACCAUAACCAAGAUGUUUGCAUGUUCUCCUGGGGCUCGGACGUGGCCGAGAACCGUGAGCGCUUCACUGUGUUUGACACUCAGAGGCACGUUGUGCUUGUCGGAAAGCGACGCACCUCCACUCUGAAAGAUCUUGUGGAGGUUGCUUUAGCAACCGCUCCCUUCCGUGUCCGAGCCAUCCAAAUCCUCAUUGACACUAUCCCUGGAUUGCCACGACCGCAAUUCAUUUUGUUUCAGGCUGAGGUGAGGCUAGACCAUGCACCGGUCCCUUGGGACCUACGGGAAGUUGGCGGAAACAUCCGUACAGUGCUGCACAUGCAGGGAGAAUUUGUAACCACUGCCAUUGACCGACUGCAACGCGUUCUUCCCCCUGCGUCUCCUAUCUGCGACGCCCUCCGGAUGGGCAGCAUGGUCGUCAUCGAUACGCUCGGCAUGCUUGGACACCGAUUGCCUGGCGACUUGGAGGAGUGA